GCGCCACCUGUCAAAAUGGCCGUACACGAAAGUUUACGAUUACAUAUAACAACAGACAAGUUUAUAUUUGAGCCAAUUGAUACUGGUGAGAAUGAGUUGCUUGUCAUUGAUCGUGUCACACAAGAAAUAUCCCUGCAGGCUAAUGAGGGUCAAAUUCCAACAAAUGCAGUCACAUCAACAGUAUGCGGUAUCAUGGGCAUUAUCAGACUUAUUGCAGGUCCAUAUCUGAUUUUGAUAACCGGGAAGGAGAAGGUGGGGGAGAUCCGUGGCAACACUGUCUGGCAGGUGAAGACAACCAAAGUCCACUCCUACAAGCGUACCAUGUUCCACCUCACAGAGAAACAGAACCGAGAUAAUCUCGUGUACCUGUCUAUGGUUGAGGCUGUGUUGAAGACUGGCUACUUCUACUACAGCACCACCUAUGACAUCACCCAUUCCCUACAGCGACUCUACAACACCAGCCCGGACUUCAUGUCCAUGCCAUUACAUGAGCGAGCUGAUCAGCGGUUUAUGUGGAACGGUCAUGUGUUACGAGAACUCAGCCAGCAGCCAGAACUUGCCCGCUACUGUCUACCCGUCAUGCAUGGUUUUAUGAGCAUCAAGUCAUUGGUAGUCAACAAUAAGGGUGUGGAUUACAUCCUGAUCUCCCGGCGGUGUGUGUAUCGAGCGGGCACGAGAUUCAACGUGCGAGGGCUGGAUAACAAGGGACAGGUGGCCAACUUUGUGGAAACGGAACAGAUUGUCAUCCAUAAUGAUACCUCGUGUUCAUUUGUUCAGACCAGGGGAUCAAUACCUUUGUACUGGUCACAGCGACCAAACUUGAAGUACAUGCCGCAGGCCCAACUACGAACAUCAAACCAUUUGGAGGGCUUGCAGAGACAUUUUGAUGACCAGGUGUUCAUGUAUGGGGAACAAAUCAUUGUCAACUUGGUAAAUUCUAAAGGCCAUGAAGGAUCAUUGGAAAAGGCUUUAGCAGAAUCACUCAAUAGUUUUAAAAAUCCAAAAGUCAAGUAUGAGUAUUUUGACUUCCACCACGAGUGUCGGAAAAUGCGGUGGGACCGACUCUCUGUUCUUGUGAAUAGGCUGGAUGAGAAGAGGAAACAGUUUGGUUAUUUUGUUGUGUCGAGUGAUGGUGUCCCGACCAGCCACCAGGAGGGAGUGAUUCGUACUAACUGUAUGGACUGUCUAGACAGGACCAACGUGGUGCAGGGACUUCUCGCCAAGAUAACUGUAGAGGAACAGUUUCAGACAUUGGGCAUCACUGACGGACAAAGAAAACUAGAAGAGUUUCCACAUUUCAAACACAUGUUCAAUAAUGUAUGGGCAGAUAAUGCGGACAUCGUAUCAAAGCAAUAUGCAGGUACUGGGGCCCUCAAAACAGACUUUACCAGGACGGGAAAGAGGACAAAGCUUGGCCUGUUAAUGGAUGGCUGGAACUCGUUGAAUCGCUACUUCAAGAACAACUUUGGUGAUGGUUUCCGACAGGACAGUAUAGACCUGUUUCUGGGUAACUACAUUGUGGAGGAGAACGAGGGGGUGUCCAAACCCUCCCCACUAGGCUCUGAUAGGGACUGGAAGUUCUACGCGAUACCUGUGAUAUUUGUGAUCGCCAUGGCCAUGUGUGUGAUCAGCAUUCUUCUCCCAGAUGAACAUGUGAGUGAACAGUUGAUGUAUAUCUUAUUCUGGGGUGGAGCCAGUCUGAUGUCGCUGGCCGUCAUCUACAGAUACGGCUCUGAGUUUGUUGACCAGCCUAGACUCGUACAAACCAAGGUCAAGACAGACUAGCUGUAUGGACGGGAAAAAGUGCACAUAGUCUGAUACGAUUAUUUAUUACUAUAAUUACAAUAAACUUAUUGAACUGCAAUACAUUGUUUUAUCAUUUUGUUGCCAAUUUUUUUUUUGUAUGUUAUCUGGAGUUGCAAGAUGUUGACUAAGCAACGAUGCAUAAAGGUGUAUAUGUAGUGUAUGAAAAAAUAUUGCUUGAAAAAAUUACAUUAUAUUUUACAGGAACAACAAACAUGCCAACAGUAAUAUAUAUAUAUAUAUAUAUAUAUAUAUAUAUAUACUUUAAUAGAAGAAACAUAGGAUUCUAAUUUGAAUAUGGCUUCCACUAAAGGAUGUUUGGGAGUAGAUUACUAGUACUUUCUAAAAAUUGGCCUUAAAUUUCCGAAAGGGAGUCUUUAAGUAAGUUAAAAACUUAUCAUAGUAUCAUAACUUGGUGUUGUUGUUGGCAAACACUUGUUCCUUCACAACUUAACAUUGUGUACGAUAUUAGCACGCUGCGUGAUGCAUAAAUUCAUUAAGACAAUAGACAUAUGUAUUGAGCAAGUCUGAAUCCUCUUGCUAAAACAUGUUGUUGGUUACCGUAAGCCCUGUGAUAGAGUGAGAAAAACUGAUGAACAUUUGCAUAUCCUUACAGUGCUGUCUUGUUUAAGGAUUUUAAAACUAUGCGGAUGUCAUAUCAAGAACACAUGUAAAUUUAUACUCACAUCAAUAUAGGAAUAGAUAUAAUGUUGAGGUUUUUUUUACUGAGUUCAUGUCUGUCAUGAUUGGUGUUUUUCGUUCUUGAUUAUACAAAAAGUUUGUUUGAAUGUAAUACUCCAUGACAGCCAUAUAUCAGGGAAUUGUGAAAUGAAAACAUUUACUUGAAUGUGUGAUUUUGUGUAAAAAUAUACAUGUAUGUAAAAAUAUUGUAAAGAAAGCCAACUGAUUGUAUGAAAUAAAUGCCAAAAUGAUA